GAAUCUUAGGCUCGAGUCUUCGUUGAACGUUAACCUUGGAACGAUGACAAAAAAAUCAGAACCUACACAUACUUCACCAGUACUACUAGUUGGCCUGACCACCGCUCAUGCCAGUUCUAGGUCCACCUCUAAUACCCAGUCCAGCUCUAGAACUGCCACUACGGGCACGAUCUCCAGCUCCAGUUAUGCAAACACGACUGUCACAAGUUCCUCAAGCUCGUCCAAAAAAACUGAAGUGCUCAGCACCGGAGCGCGAGUUGGACUAGGAUUUGGGAUAGUGUUCUUCUUCUUAUUAUCCAUAGUUCUGUUUUACUACUUGAAGAGACUAUAUCAGAGGACUCGGGAGAAAGCUGGUUAUAAACCUCCCCUUUCGGCGUCGGAAGGGAGAAACCCUCCACCUCCACAUCCAAAUUCCCAAUAUCCAUUCUCAGCACCCGCUCGUCCUUCAUCGUACUAUUCUCCGAUAUAUUCAAUACCCUAUGAAACCUCGGAAAAUGCUACAAUGAUGGCCACUUCAAGUGUGCCAGCGGCCGAUAGUUCAAGCAACUCUCAGCCUGGGCGCCAGCUACUGGCGCCUCAUGCAGAUAUACCUCGAUAUCAGAACGAACUCGAACAGAGGAAAUGGAAUCUUGAUGAGGCCCAAGAAUCACACCACCCUCCGCCGAAAUAUUCUUUUUGAAUGUCUGCCACGCGCGAUAUAUCACGAUCAUGAUAAUAUCCAGCUGUACCCCACUUUGAAACUAUUCCUUCGCGUAUUCUGAUAAAAUGUUCAAAGCCUGGACUUUGAACAGCACAGAUUUGUAACGCUUGUCGAUCAUCGAUUGAGGCCUCCACCACUAAUUUCGUUCCUAAUACUAGGUAUCCGCUUGUCCCUACUUAACGAGUUAGAUCAUUUAUCGGAGGCGGCUUCAUUGAAGUUUAUCGGUCUUCAGGGAAUUUAAUAUUCAAUGACCGUGCGCUACCUUACUUGCUUCACUGCCUCUCCCUAGUAUAUGAUUGUCUUUCACAUUUUUCUCUACUGAAAUCCAUCGGCUCCCCUUCCAUAGCAUGUUGGUACUUGUAUCAAGUUGUAUGUUCAACUGGUCGUAGUUUACGUCCUUCCGGUUAUUUUACCUUGCCAAAUGCCAAUAUCCUCAUG